AGCUGAAGAAGUCGCUGUACGCCAUCUUCUCGCAGUUCGGGCAGAUCCUGGACAUCCUGGUGUCGCGCAGCCUGCGCAUGCGGGGCCAGGCCUUCGUCAUCUUCAAGGAGCUCAGCAGCGCCGGCAACGCCCUGCGCUCCAUGCAGGGCUUCCCUUUUUAUGAUAAACCCAUGGGCCUGCCCGCGCUGUCGCAGCCCCCGCGGCUGCUGCACCACCUGGGGCAGCCCCCCUACAUCCCCCCCCCGGGCAUGAUCCCCCCCCCCGGCAUCGCCCCCGGGGGGCUCCCCCCGGGCUCCCUCCCCCCCCAGCAGGUGCUGCCCGGCCAGAUCCCCCCGGCACAGAGC